GGCCGGAAGAAACAAAAUUUCCCUCGUAUAUUUUUCAUUUUCCGCCACAAGGGGUUUUUGAAGUACAGCAAACAAAGUCGAUUUUAGAGACUUCUCGUUCCCAUUUCAUAAUCGAAUCGAAGUUUAGGAAUGGCAGAGGAAGCUGCGAAUUCAGAAAUCCUAGGUCCGGCUUUGGAGGAGACACCAAAUUCAGUCGAAGCGACAAUUGAAUCAGGCCCUCAAGGAGGGACGGAGUCUUCGUGCAACAACAACAACGUUGAGAGUUCUGGUCUGAAGUCCGAUGGAGAUCGGGAGAAGUCAUUGGAGUACGUGGAUGAGUUGAUGGAGCGAGGCUCUAAAGCUGAGAAAGAGCGGGACUAUGCUGAAGCGACCGACUGCUUCAGUCGUGCCCUAGAAAUCAGGGCUGCACAAUAUGGUGAACUUUCUCCUCAAUGCGUCAAUGCAUAUUAUAAAUAUGGAUGUGCCUUGCUGUACAAAGCUCAAGAAGAGGCUGAUCCAUUGGUCGCUGUGCCCAAGAAAGAGGGGGAAUCUCAGCAAGAUUCCAAUAAAGACGGAUUUGUUCAGAGUGCCAGUAAUGGUGAGUCUUCUGCAGCUGCUUCAAGUAAUGCCGAGCAAGAUGGAAAUUCAAAUCAUCAUGAAGGAGGGCUCAGUGAGGGAUCUUAAGACGAAGAGGAAGAUUGGUACGGGGCAUGAAGUAGGUGGCUUAUAUUACUUUGAUUUUGAUUCACCUACUCGGGCUUUACAGAUCCCGUUGUCUCCUUUUCAGUGACAUUGUCGUCUUGGACAUCCCUCUCUCCAAAAUCUGAAGCGUCAGGUUUCCAGUUUUAGUUUUGUGCCGUCUUUGUCUUGUGAAGCUUGUCAACUGAGUAAGCAUCACCGUGUGUCAUUUCAGUCUCGAG